AUGACCAAAACCGCGAUCCCACAAAGCAGUUUGGAGGCCCAUCUGCUUGCUGCUCUCCAAUCGCGCGAGGAGAGGGGAAUCAGACGCAGACUCCCAGAACCGACCAGUUUGUCCUCUUCUCUCCGCGCCAAUCUGGUCGAUUUCAGCUCCAACGACUACCUCUCCCUGGCCACCUCACCCAUCCUACGAAAAAACUUUGUCCAAAAGCUACAAUCAUCACCCGAUGUCCUUGGCUCCGGAGGGUCGCGGCUUCUUGUGAACGGAGAGGCGCAUAGUGACCUCGAAGCGCGUCUUGCCCAAUUCUUCGCCUCCCCCGCCGCUAUACUCUUCAACUCAGGCUUCGAUGCAAAUGUUGGGUUCUUUUCCUGUGUUCCCCAAAUAGGCGACGUCGUCGUUUAUGACGAGUACAUCCACGCCUCCGUCCACGACGGCAUCAGGGCCUCCCGCGCCCGUGGCGCUCACUAUUCAUUCGAACACAACUCCCUCCCGCAACUCCGCUCCUUACUCAAAAAACUGAUUUCUGAGCGGCCGGAACUCCAAACCGGCCAGAGCAGUCUGUUUGUCGCAGUCGAGAGUCUUUACAGCAUGGAUGGCACCUUCGCCCCCCUUACCGAGAUCGUGCAAACACUCGAAGAUUAUUUCCCCCAAGCAAAUGGAUUCCUCGUCGUCGAUGAAGCGCACGCGACUGGUAUAUACGGGCCACAGGGCCGAGGUCGUGUUGCUCAGCUCGGUUUGGAGGAUAAAGUCUUGGCACGGCUCCACACGUUCGGAAAAGCUCUCGCUGCGACGGGGGCCGUUUUGCUAACAAAUCCACUAAUUCGCGACUAUCUACUCAACUACGCCCGUUCACUAAUCUACACUACAUCUCUCAGCCAUGCCAAUAUCAUAGCCGCAGACAGUUCUUUCGACAUGCUAGUUGACGGGACCGCACACAAGUUGUCGAAAAAUUUGUUAGAUUUGUCACGAUAUCUUAUCAGCAGUUUGACUCCCCAAUUACGCGACAUUCCCCUCCACAUUCUUGCACUUCCGGCAGACAUCCACCUCAACCCCGUCCCAUCGCCCAUUAUUCCCAUUAUGACAACACGCCCCCCGCCCUCUUUCAGCCUACCUACUCGAUCUCGGAAUGAACGCACGCCCCAUUACUUGGCCGACGGUGCCAAAGGGAAAAGAUCGUGUUCGAGUCUGUCUUCAUGCGGGCAAUACUCGUGA